AUGAACUCGCGCAAUGGCACGCUGUCGCCCGUCUCGACGGCCAGCCAGGAAUGGUCUCCCAUCACCCGCUACCAGAACAUCGCCGGUGACAAUCCUUACUCGCCCACCAUCCCUCCCAACUCAUACGGCCCCAGCAACCCCGAUGGAGGCAUGCCGCAGGGCAUGCGUCCCGCAGGAAACGGCAACCCCUCCCCGCCCAGCUCCGUCGGUCGCUCGAGUGACGGUACUGGCCUCUACGCCUCGAGUCUCAGCGAUGCAAGCCUGAACAGCCGGAAGAUGCAGGCGCUGGAAGAGACCAUGUCGGAGCACUUCAAGGUCCUCAAGGCAUACCUGGGACCCUAUCUCAACGAUGAAAAGGGCAACCCACGGCCAAGCCGGGCAAAGGAUAAGCUGACCAGGUUGUCGGCCGUGCAGUUCCAGGAGCUCAGCACAGAUGUAUACGACGAGUCGAUACGUAGGGAAGAGGAUCGCAAACGUGGAGGGCCAGGAGCGCCUGGAAACCAGACACCGGCCUUCCUACUGCCCAAGAACAAUUUCCACCCAAAGCGAAACCAGGCCAGACAGAAGCUGUCGACAUUGCCCCUCGACCGCUUCCGCCAACUCGCGACUGAUGUCUUCUACGAGCUCGAGAGGAGGUUCCCCCGCUUCACCGGAGGAGACAUUCCGCGUUCAAACAGCCCCAACGGCAGUAUCGCAAGUCGAAUCAGUGGUCGAGGUCCACCCAGCCGGACAGGCACCCCCAAUAGCAUCGGAGGUCGCCCUAGUGGACCGCCUGGGCCGGGUUAUCGAGGCCCUCCGCAGGGCGGACCUCCGGGCCCACAAGGCCAACUACGCCCGGGUUCUUCCAACGACCCAAAUUCAUUCGGUCGGCCCUUGCCAAAAACGUUCCAAUCCAACACCAUUGUACCAAACAAGGGCACCCUCGUCGAAGACGACGAUGACAGUGGGGCCGACGAAGAAGACGCAUUUAACCUCGAAGGUGCUGCAGUAAGACGGCAGACAAACAAGAGCAUGAAGAGCAUAAGCAUGGCACAAGAUAAAAUAGUGACGGAUCUGCAAAGUCAAGUAGCAGAACUACAGGGCAAGAUCAGCAGUUUAGAGGACACGAUACGAGACAAAGACAGUGAGCUCCAACGCUUACAAGAAGUGGACAGAGAGCGGGAUGGAAACACUGCGUCCGAACGGGCCGAAUGGGAUGAGCUUCGAUUGUCGCUGGAAGACAAAGUGGAAAAGGCCGAGGCGUUGAACUCAUCGCUCCGGUCAGAAAUCGACAAGCUGCGCAAUGAAAACGACGACGUGGAACGAAGUCUGCGUGCCCAAAUUGCUGAACUGGAGUCGAGGCCGCUACAGCAAGCCACCUCCAACGAUGGGGGUGACUGGCAACGGAGGUGCGAAGAACUUCAACAAGACCUCAAAGAACAACAACAAGUUACCGAAGAGGUGCGACGAGAUGCAGCCGUCUUCCUCCAAGAGAUGCGCGAACUGUCGUCCAAGAGCGAUGCCGCCGUAGAAAAAGAAGAACGCAUGGCCGGCCAAUUGGCUGCCCUCGAGGCUGAACUCAAGGACUGGAAGUCCCGCUACGCGGUCCAGAAGACGCAACUGCGAAAUCUCAAAGCCUCCUCGAUUGGCUUGUCUUCGCUGGCGUUGUCUGACAUGAUUCCGUACACUCGUGAUCCUGCGCUCAGUUCCCCGGACGGUCUUGUCAAGGAUGUGCAUGUCACAAAGUUCCAACUGAGCAUUGAUGAGCUACUCCAGACUGCACGGAGGAGCAACUCUGAACAAACACUGGAGCACAUGCGAAAUGUAGUCAAAUGCGUCCGGGCCAUUACAGGAGAUAUCGACAGCACCUCAUUAUCGCAGAUGCAGUCACCUAACAGCAGUAUCAGCGGCAGUAUCCCAAUCAGUCCCGAGAAGCAACAAGCGAAGCUCAAGUCGCGAGUGAGCGCUACCGCCAAUAACCUCAUUACAGCUACCAAGAAUCACACUUCCUCUGGUGGACUAUUGCCAGUGAGUCUGCUGGACGCUGCGGCCAGUCAUCUUUCCACAGCAAUUGUCGAGCUUGUAAAGUUUGUGAAAGUGAGACCAACGACUUCGGCAGAACUUGAACAGGAAGAGGAAGAGGAGGACCGGCCGAUGCCCCUGAAGCCGUCCGUCUACAAUGGCUACCGUGCAUCCUCGCCCAAUGGCAAUCCGAGUGGUGGCAAACCAGCAUUUGGGCAUCAACGUGGUCGCAGCAGCCGAGGAGGUAGCAGCGAUACUACUCGCUACAGCAAUUACAGCUCUCCCUAUAGCGGAUACGACCGUCAAAGUGUAGGCAUGAACGGCGUAGGUGGUCAGCCGGACAGCGGCAUGCUGGAAUUCAAGAACUAUCUUGAGGACCAGACAGCCCUGCUUGUGCAAAGCAUACAGCCUCUUGUCAACCUCAUCCGCUCCAAUCCUGUCUCCUCUCCGUCAGAGGAACAGCAGAUCUACGAUUACAUCCAGGACAUCUCCCAAGCUGUGGAAGACACAGGCAGCAAGACAUACGAUGCCGUCAGCCUGCUUUCGAAUGCUGCCCUGAAGAAACACGCGCUGCCCGUCGUGGAGAUUCUUGACGAUUGCAGGCAGGACAUGUUGUCUGUUGACUUGCGCGGUGGUGGACGAGAGAAGAUUCCACCGCUUGCUUUCAAGACAGCUCGUGCUCUCAAGGAACUUGUUCUCCGCGUUGACCGCAUCGAAUCCGGCGAGCUCACCGCUGACCAAACACUCAAGACUGAUUUCUAA